CUGAGCUGUGUCUGAGCUGUUUUUCUGAGCAACGAUGGCUUGGUUUAGCUCGGCCAACUUUACCGAGCUGGCCAAGACGGCCAUAUCGCAGGCGCAGAAGAGCAUCGACCGCGCGCUCGACAUUAAAGAGGAAGACACGCUGCCGUUGCCAGUGCUGGCUGCCCAGCGUGCUGCUGCUGCGAGUGCGGCGGCUCAGCAGGCAGCAGCGAACGCGCUCCUCAAGGAUGGCGAGGGUGAAGCGGGUGAAGACGGCCUCGAUGACGACGACGACGACCACCACCUCGCAGCACUCUUGCAGAAUGGCAGUACGAGUCAUGGCGAUCGUCAUGAGACGAACAGCGAUGGGACGGGUGCCGUACCAGUGAGAACGGGCGCUGCUGCCGACGCGGCAACCAGCUCAGCGCGAGCGAGUCCAACUGCACAAGACACGGCUCCUGCGACGCUUGCUGCUAUGACUACUGCUGCUGAUGAUGAGACUACUGGCACUGGGCUUGCAGCAGGCAGGCUGGCUCAGUCCGCAGCAGUAGACGCAGCGGCAUCCUCGCUCGCGUCGAAGGCCAGCGUUUCGCCUACGCCGACGCCGAGCAGCACUUCCACUGCAGGCAAUGCUGCUAUUGCUGCUGGAACUACGUCACCAGAGCAGUCUGGCUGGUCAUCGGGCGGAUUCACAAACCCGUUCGCCUCGUUCAGUCUUGCUCCCAAAGCGACAGCGACCUCAAGUACCACAAGUAACUCGCUCGAAUCUAUGGCUCCACAAGCACCAGUCUCGUCAUCAGCAUUGCUGUCCAAGCCAGAAGAGCCUAAGGAAGGUGCUCCUCCAAUUGCCACGUUCGAAGCGGACGUCUCAACGCUGCCAGAGUCGUCGACGGCCGCGCCGAUCGCAAUCCAAACAGCAGACAUCACUACCGAUGCAACAGCUGCCAACGAAGCGCACCCUACUGACGCUCCUCAGCUGACAGGCGAGGACGAUUCACUGGGGAACACGACCGUAUACACCUCCGCCAACACAACCGUCUCCGACCCUUCCUCUCAACCCGAAACGACGCGAUUGCUACGCGUUAUUAGUGAGCGGGAGCGCAAGCUUGUAUCGUUAUCCAUCGAGCACACGCAACUGCUGGAAGCGCACGACCUGCUCAAGUCCGAGCACGACCAGGUUCGAAAAGAAUUGGCCAGCGCAAUGACCGCAGCUCCAAGCUCUGGGGGCUCGCGCAAAGAGGAGGAAUUGCUUGCUGCCAUUCGCGAAAAGGAAGUGCAAAUAUCGGAACUAUUAGCCGAAGGUGAAAAACUGUCCAAACGAGAGCUAGUUUUGAACACCAACAUCAAAAAGCUGAAUGCCAAGUGCAAGGCGGCGGAAACCGAAACCACCGCUGCCAAAGGGCAGGUGGCUGAAUUAGAAAGCGUUCUCACCACGCUACGCACUCAAGUAGUGGAAUUGCAACGCAAAGAAAUUGAUUAUCAAGAUUCCCUCGCCAAGGUGAACACGCUGUCAGAUGCGCAGGGCAAGGAGGCACAUGCGCUGAGAAAGGACUUGGAGAAGGCGCGCGAAGAAAAUGCCGGCAUCAAGGCCACCCUGGAUAAAUCGUUCAAAGAGCUGACGGACUUGAGAAAGGCGAAUGCUGCGUCUGCCAAAGCUGUGCAAGAAGCCAGUUUUACCGCCGAGAUUAAUGCCAAGGAGGAACUCAAGGCCCUGCUUGAGCGACAGCGGACGGAGUCUGCUACUGCAUACGAAACCCUGCAACAGCAGAUUGUAGACCUGCAGGCGUCGAUUGUGCGCGGUGAGCAACAAGCCCAGCGAAAGGAAGACUCGCUGCGAAGAGAAAUCGACGACUUGCACGAUCAGCUUCGCGUCGCGGAAACGCGCAAUCAGGAGCUCACCGACAGCGUGACUCAAGCAACACGGCCCCUCCUGCGCCAGAUCGAGACCUUGCGAAAUGCGCAAUCGAGUCAAUUGGCAUCCUGGGAAGCCGUUGAGCAAACCCUUACAAUGCGUUUGGAUGAAGUUCAACUCUUGCUGAGCCAAACAUCCGAGCGCGAACGCCUCGCCAACGCAAAGGCGUCGGAACUCGCUCAGCAACUGGGCAACCUGGAGGCGCAGCUGUCGGCCGAGCGCCAAGCCCGAUCCAAGGUGCAAGCCCAGCUGGACGUCUUGCGCGAGCGGCAUGCCACGCUUGAGCUCGACGCGACCCGUGCAGAAGCUGCGUUGGACGCUGUGCGGACGUCUCAGCAAACCGAGCUCGAGUCCUUGCGAGCAGAGAAGGUGUCGCUUCGCCUGCAAAUCACGACCAUGGAGACGCGUGUUGACGCAGAGUCCAAGCGCGCCGACAUGCUCAAGGAAGCGCUCGAGCGCAAGGAGCUGGAAGUCACCAAACUGUCGAGCGAAGCCGGCGCUGGACUGCACCACUCGUCUUCCAGCGUCUCCAUCAAUGGCAUGGACACGGAUGCUACCGGUGCAGCCAAUGGACGCUCUGUGGAUGCAGGCUGGGCGCGGACGCGCCGCAGCCAGCAGCACGGAUCUGCCCCCGCGACUCCUGGUUUGCCCAUGGCCAGCGCUGCUGCUGCUGCAGACUGGAUUGCGGGCCUCAGCGCCACCGGCGCCUCGCCUCUCGUGAUUGAUCAGUUCAAAUCCAUCCUGCGCCAGCGCGACGGCGAGGUUGCUGGACUUCAGCGCCAGCUGGAAGGUCUGACGCGCACGCAGCAAGUGAUGGCGGAUCAGUUGGUGGAGAUGCAGAGCUCGAAUGACGAGCUCGCAACCCAGCUCUCGUCGCAAAGCCAGGCUGGCACUGCUUCGCACCAGGCAUAUCGCGAGCUCGAGCAGCGGUACAAUGCGCUUCUUGUCCUGUACGGCGAACGGGCCGAAGAGGCGCAAGAGUUGAAACUCGAUCUGCUGGACGUCAAAUCCCUCUAUCGCGCGCAAAUACAAGAGCUCGUGGCUCGUAUCGAGUCCUUGUCUGGGACUUCUCACAGUGGGGCACUCGGUGUGAGCGAUGCUGGCGCUGCGCCGUGAAAGCAAAAAAAAAAAAAAAAAAAAAAAACGAAGAGUUUUUGUCAGUUUUGUGAUUUGUUGUACUCUAAUAUAUUCAGCUGCUGUUAUUAUUUUACGAC